AUGGUGGAGUGCUGUAUAUGUCUGGAGUUAGGCAAGUACAAGUGUCCGGCGUGUGAGCGGACGACGUGUCUGGUGACCUGUGUCAAACAACAUAAGCAGCAGUUUAGCUGUUCCGGCCAGCUCGACCCUACCAGGUUCAUCGAGCGCGAUGACCUCAGCUCAUCGCCGAUCCAUUUGCGACGAGACGCUUCGUUUUUGACCAAUUUCAAACGGCACGUCGAUGUUUCCAAAGAAGAUGUGCGGACCCAGGCUCGUCUGGUGUUCAAACGCGUUGGUGGCCAUCACCAGCAGCAACAACAGUUCCAACAAAAUAAGCGCCUCCAGCUUGAUCCGAGAGUGGCUAAGUUGAAAAAGGUAUUCCCUGAGGCGAUGGUGCUGACGAAACGCCAGAAUACGAUGGUGGUGGCCCUCCCUCCAGGGAUGGCUCGGUCGGGAGCCAAUAAGCUGGGCUACGAUAAAAAACAGGGCCAAUACGUGUGGACGAUCGAAUGGGUGCUUUAUGACGCUAACAAAACAGUGAAGCAUAGGUUUAAUAGUAACCGCCUCCGGGAACUGUUUACUUGGAAACAGGCGUUGCCGCCGACAGUGGUGGCACGGGAGUUUCCGGAGUUGACCACCCCACAUUUCUACCUCGCUCUGAUUGUUGGUAGUGGAGCAGUGGCCUUGGAUGAGGACAUGACGAUUGCUGAUCUGCUAAAGGAUCAAAUGGUUUUGGAAUUCCCCACAAUAUUAGUGGCUCAGUCGCCUGAUGACUUGCCUGCGGAUGUUGCCCCGCGUGACGGAAGUGACGGAAGUGACGACAGCAGUUCCGACAGCAGUUCCGACAGUGACUCUGACAGCAGUGAUUCCGACAGCGACGAUUCCGACGACUCCGACGAUGCUCCUCCAGAAGAAGCCCUGAGCGCUAAACCACCAACACUACUGACUAAUGAACUUGACGUCGAUAUGGACGACGAUCUCGACGAUAUCCCUACCGCCGACGACGUCCCCGCUACCCCUGCUGCCUCAGUGCUUCCGGCAUCGGUGCCGAGCCCUCCGUCGGCAUGA